AGGUCACCAGAGGUCAGCAUUGCACUGGAGGCAGACUGUUGCUGUCGACGGGAGAGCUCGGCAAUGGCGUGUAAGUAGUAGGGCGUAUUGCAGACUGUGAUGCUUUGUUUUGUUCCCAAAUCAUGUUUCUUUAAUUUUAAAGGAUGGUUACUGUACUCAGUCGAUGCCGGGUCAGGUUUAUGGACCAGUUUAGGGAUGAGUUCCGCCGUGGUUUCGGAUGCGCAGUGCGCUUUGCUACCGCUGCUGACUGGGACUGCUGCAGUGUAAACAAGACUGUCCGCGGCUGCAGCGCUGCUGUCUGUGGGCGAUAAAGAUAACGACACAGUGCCAAUGGUAGCUGACUUCUCAGCCUAAACGAGCGCAGUUUCGUCAUGAACCCUCCGUGGUUUUUCAGUGCGCAACGAUUUUAAUUCUGCAGCGGAGAAGCUGGCCUGCUUUUCUCUUUUUAAUUAAACUGGACAUCUGUCAUCAGAGCAUCUGCCACUUCUGAGCAGCCAGCAAAUGUUCAUCUUGUCGUUUAAUUAAUCAGAUGGACUUUGCUGCGGAGGAAGUAUCAACUCCAUGAAUCUCAGGAAAAUGACUGACCACCAGGAAUCCCCAGAUGCUGAGGACAGGACUCCGUCCGGGAGCACGACCUUGCCGCUUCGGCCGCCUUGCGAGCGCCUCUCUUGCCACAAGAGCAGCGUGUGCUCCCGCUCCUACUUCGUGGUCGUAAUGGUGUUUUUUCACGUGUACAUCAUUAAUGUUAUUGCACUGCUAUUUUACGUGCACUACAUCAGCGGGCAGGAGGAUGCCAACCGGAGCCGCGAUGCUCCCAGCAGUAACCACCAGACCCCCGAGUCGGGACGUCCGCCACCAAAGCCUGAGCCUCUACGCGACGUUUCCCUAACGAGAAUCGAGGGAAUAAGGGUGGGACAUGUCCAGAAGGUGUCACUGGUGCCAGGCAAAGUGCAUGAAAUGCGAACUCUGAGUUUGAAACCUUUGCUGUUUGAGAUCCCUGAGUUUUUGUCGGAGGAUGAGUGCCGUGUCGUGAUGCAGCUUGCACAGCUAAAGGGUCUGAUGGAGAGCCAGCUAAUGGUGCAAGAUGGCCAGGAAGAGCUGGCCAAGGAGCUCAACCUCAGCCCAGAGGAGAUCUUUAACCUUCUUGAUAUCAACCAGGAUGGACAGUUGCAGCUCCAUGAGAUACUGACUCAUUCUCGAGUGAGGGAUGGCAUCUGGCUCACACCGGAGAAUCUGAGAGAAAUCUAUGCGGGGCUCAAAGCUGACAAGGAUGGUAAUGGUUUGCUGAGUCUAGAGGAGUUCAGGCUUCUGAGCAGUGAUGCCUUCCAGCGCUUCCUGAUGCAGCAAGGAGUGAAAAGGAGUCAGCUGGUGAGGAACAGCAGACACACCUGGCUGUACCAGGGCAAAGGAGCACACCAGGUCCUCCAACACAUCAAGGCGAGGGUGACUCGCCUCACUCGGCUCCCGCCCACAUUAGUGGACCUCAGUGAGCCACUCCAGGUGGUUCGCUAUGAGGAGGGAGGGCACUACCACGCCCACCACGACAGCGGCCCUGUGUAUCCUGAAACAGCCUGCACACACACGCGCCUCGCAGCCAACACCUCCACUCCUUUUGAGACGUCUUGCAGGUACAUCACAGUUCUCUUCUACCUGAACUCUGUUGAGGGGGGUGGGGAGACCGCAUUCCCUGUGGCAGACAACAGGACCUAUCAUGAAGUGUCUCUUAUACAGAAUGAUGUCGAUCUUUUGGACACCAGAAGGAAUUGUGACAAGAGUAACCUGAGGGUGAAGCCCACCAAAGGAACAGCUGUUUUCUGGUACAACUACCUUUCUGAUGGUAGAGGUUGGGUGGGAGAGCAGGAUGAAUACGCUCUGCAUGGAGGCUGCGUGGUCACCCAUGGCACUAAGUGGGUCGCCAAUAAAUGGAUCAACAUUGAUCCGGAUUACCAGCGGCAGGCUCGCUACCAGCAGCUGGUUUCACAGCAGCCAGAGGACGAGGAUGAUGAAGGUCUGACUCUGAACCCGGACAUACAGAGUUUUGAUAUCCAUCAAGACCUGUAGCUCAUAAACCAAAUUUCUAAAAAAAAAAAAUUAAACAUAAAAAUCUACCUAGCCUUCUUCAGUCCUGUGCACAACUUUUUUGGCAACGUCCUUUGUGUCCAGUACGUAGAGACGAGAUUUAUUCAGGGAAUGAGGUCACAGUGGGUUUAUGCAACUGUAAAGAGAUACUUUUGUUAAAUAUUGCUUGGAUAUUGUUAUCCUGUUAUUUUUUAAAUCUGUUAUAAUUUCCCAUUUCAGGAAUGUUGCACUAGAAAGUCAUUAAAGGAGUUGAGACAAAAACUUUCCCUUUGCAUGCAUUAGCUUCACAGGUUUUGCUGUUGCUAUGAGCAAAAAUUGCACUUGAAAAUUGAAAUGGCUAUUGUAAACAUUUCAAUGUUCUACCUUGUUAUUGCUGCCAUUACCAAAAAAAGCUCACACACUCUCAGUGUGAUGCAUGUUGCCUUGUCUUUGUUCCUUGAAUUCAUCAUUAUUUUCUGCCAGAUUAUUCUUGAAAGGUAUUGUUUCAUUUUAUCAAUUCAUUUAUUUUCCCUUAAAAAUGCACUGUAUCACUCUCCCACACUGACUGAAGUUAAAUUAAGCUCAUGUGUCUUCAGCAAUAGUCUUCCUACUUUAAACACAAGAUGUAUAAAUAUCAAUAUAACUCAACAAUAAAAUGGCACGAGACACACUAAAA